AUGAUUAAAAAUAAAUUCGAAAAAUUAAUGCCUUUAGCCCUUCGGGGUAAUAAAAAAUUCAUACUCAUACUUAUAGGAGUUUUAACCGUGCUAGCUCAGCUAAUGACCAUAGCACCGAAAAUAAUAAUAAUAGUUGAUAAAGCCGUAUUUACAGGCCGUCAACGUUUGAGGGUAUUGACUAAUGCCACCCCAGAGGGCUCUACGGCACUUUCUCAAUUAGAUGAAUAUAAAAAACGGUUUUCUAUCCGUGAGGCUCAAUUAGACCAAAAGGAGCAAGAUAUCGAAAAUGUUAUUUCCACACGGUUAAAUGAUGAGUAUAAUCGGCUCAGGGCUGAAUAUGACCAUCGUUCAUCCGAGUAUGAUACAACAGUAUAUGCAUUAAAACAAAAAUUAGAGGAAAAAUAUCUAACCCAAUUAACCGCAAUGGAAAAGACUUUGAUAGAUAAGGAUCAGGCCCAUGAACAGGUUUUACGUAGUAAAAAUUCGAAAAUAGCUGAUUUGUCCGCUUUGCUAAAGGAUAUCAAGAAGUCUCUUAAUGCCCUAAAAAAAGAGCGCACUUCGACCUUAUCGGCUUUACAAAAAUUAGAGGCUAAAAAUCGGGAAUUGCUUGAGGUCAUAGACGCUAAGGACCAAAAAAUAACCAAUCUCAAUGACCGCAUUAUAUCCUACAACCCUCGGGGAUGUGGUGAUGGUGCUGUCGAGCCCGAAUCUUUUUAUACUACUAUAGAUAGAGAUUUAUGGGUGAAAAGACGCAAUGAUGCCAAAUAUGACCUUGAAAUUCGGAAGAAAUUUGCAUUCAGAUUUAGGCCAUAG